AUGCGGAAUGCGCUCGAGUCGAGAGGCUCGCUUGGUUCGCAACCCAGAGAAAAAGGCGGGAGAACUUCUUCAACCAGAGAAUCGUUGCAGGUUUUGAGGCGAGGGUCAACCAACCGUCGCUCGGCGGGGAUUCGCCACUUCGCCGUCGCGCACGAGGCGUGCUCGGAGGCGGGUCACCUCUCGCGCGGCAUGGGUAUCAAGAGAAGGCAGGACGAGUAUCCGCUCGCGGACUUUCCCGUGAACAUCGAGAUCCUCCCGCGGUACCCGGGCGACCAGAUCUCCGCGGUCGUCUCGGUUUCUGAUUCUUCCAAGAAAUCGAGAAAGGGAUACCUCGCCGCCUGUUCCUCCGAGCGGGAUAUCGCGAACCGCGAUGCGGCGCGACAGGCGGCGGUCACGUCCGGUGAGACGGAGCUCGUCGCGAUGCUUCAGUCGCUCCCUUACCCCAUGAACGAGCGCAAGGAGCUCAUGCUGCUCGAGCUCAACAUGCUCGUGCGGCUCAAUCGGUGCGGGAUGAGGGAUCUGUGGGUGAAGACGAGCCACAGCUGGACGCGGAACGACCCGCGGCGGAUCGUAUCGACCGUCGCGGCGGCUGUGGGAGAGAGAUCGCGCCUCGCGGUGGAGCUCAUGACGCAUCUCGUGGGCGUCACCUUCCCCACGUGCUCGUCGGCGAGCGCGAUGCACCACGUCUUCGAUUGUCCGGGAUGGCUCAGAUCGUGGUGCGCGAGGCAUUCGGUGCCCUGCAAGGACGUCUCCGUGCUUCAGCUGACCCUCUACGACGCCACGGGGCAGAGCUCCAACGCGAUGUACUUUCCCCUCGUGUGAUGA